UAUUCUCUAUGUAAAAUCAUAUUUUUUUAUUUUAAAAUGUUUGAUUAGAAUUAUUUUACUUAAUUUAUUUAGAAAAUCGUUUUGUUGUAACAGAUUAUCAAGAAUUGUAUUUGAACAUUUGAUGUUCUCAAAAAAAUAAAAAUAAAUUUCUGUUUGUUCAAUCAAAUCGGGUGUAUAAAAACGGGGCGAGGCGUACUUUUUUCCAAGCCCACUAUCCCUGUCAGUCUCUUUCUUGCCAAAAACAAUGGAAAACAGCCCCCAGCAAGCGGCGGCGGCGGCGGCGGCGGCGGCGGCUGCCGCAGCAGCUCAGACAGCCGGUGGUUACCCUCCGGCACAGCCAGCGUACCACCAUCUCCUCCAGCAACAGCAGCAGCAGCUGCAAUUGUUCUGGAACUUCCAACGGCAGGAGAUCGAGCAGGUGACCGACUUCAAAAAUCACCAGCUCCCUCUCGCCCGCAUCAAGAAGAUCAUGAAGGCCGACGAGGACGUCCGCAUGAUCUCAGCCGAGGCGCCCAUCCUCUUCGCCAAGGCCUGCGAGCUCUUCAUCCUCGAGCUCACCAUCCGCUCCUGGAUCCACGCCGAGGAGAACAAGCGCCGCACCCUCCAAAAGAAUGACAUCGCCGCCGCCAUCACCCGCACGGACAUCUUCGAUUUUCUCGUCGACAUUGUGCCCAGAGACGAGAUCAAGGAUGAGGCCGCCGCCCUCGUCGGCCCUGGCGCCGCCGGGAUCGUCGCCGGCUCCACAGCUAGCGGUGUCCCUUACUACUACCCUCCAAUUGGCCAGCCCGCACCUCCUGGUGUCAUGAUAGGAAGGCCCGCCUUGCCUGGCGUGGAUCCGUCCUUGUACGUGCAGCCACCACCUCCGCCUUCUCAGGCGUGGCAGUCUGUGUGGCAGCCUCAGGAGGACAAUUCUUAUGCAAGUGGAGGAAGCAGCGGCCAGGCCAACCUUGACGGCCAAGGGUAAGAGUCUCUUCUUUUCCUUCUUCAUUCCCAGAUGAUGAUGAUGAUGAUUGGCGGGGCGAUGGAGUAGACAUUUCCAAACAGUCCCUCUGAUCUGAUCCCAAACAACAAUGGAGUUUCUCUUCUAGUGUUAUGUGCAUCCUGUGCCAAGCGCUGUAUGAAAACAAAACAAAACAAAACAAAAAUGAAGAAGAAGGAUUUUGUUCAGUUAGUGUUUGUGUUCCUAAAAUAAUCGCAUUGGGGGUUAGAUUCUAUGAAUCUCAUCAGCUCAAUUAUUAGCUUGUGCUCUUGUUCCACAUUUCUUUUUCUAUUAAAAUUUAGGUCAUCUU